AUGCUGUCCGCCACCAAGGUCCCGGGCGAGUCGACGAGCAUCCGCGUCUCGCCGGCUUCCGCGUCCAAUCCCAUGGACGUCAUGGCAGGCGACGCGUUCCGACAGUUCUUCUCCACAGACGUACGAGGGAAAGCGCCGCUUGGUUUCGCAGCCUUUUUCAUGGACUGCGCCUUGCUUCCACCCGAGCGACGGUCCCAUCGGCUGUGGCUCGUCGGGGAGGUUUGUUGCGUUUUCGCCGGGCUGAUGUUGUUUUUUGCGUCAACGGUGCCAGACCUCGAAGCGACCGAUAACCUCGGAGUCGUAGCCACCUGCAUCGGAUCCUUCGCCGUGCUGGGGCUCGUCGUCGCGUGUAUUUUUUCGGCGAGCAAUGUAAUGAUGUGCUCGACGCCGGACCUGACGUGUUGUUACGUCGGCUGCAAGAUGAUGGGGUGGGCAAUGUUCUACCUCCUCAAUGGAACCAUACUCACGUUUGCGGCGUUCGUUUUGCACUCGUUGGCCAGGGCGAACGGGGCAGUUCUCGGGUGGAUAGUUUGCGGCAUGGGCAUAGCGCUAUUCGUGAGUGUGAACGUCUUCUGCGCAACAACCAUGAUCGCUUUCUUUCCGCUGCCCCAGUAUCACCAGCAGGCAUGGUAUUACCAGGCCUUCGGGCCAAACCUCGUGCUCAGCAACUGGAUCAUGGGUCGAAGGAGCGUGCGGGAAGGGGCAGACAUCCAGCUCGCCAAGAUGCUCGCGGGACCCAUACCCGACGACCUGCGCUUGGUCCUCGACGGCGGCCCAGGAGUGUAA